AUGCCAACGCAUUUGGAAGUAAUACCAUGCCCGCAGAAGCAAGUGAUUAGAAAAUAUAUUCGGGAUGUACCCUGUCACCGGAUAAAAUCGAAGAAACAGAAGGAAGUGUCGUGUUCAGGUAGUGAACGCAAGAAAUCCUGCAAGCAGGCCGAAGAUGUGUGUUCUACGUCGAAACGCACCCAACCGGUAACGUGUUCGUCUAAACAACCGGUCAAGAAAUGCGUUCAGGCGAGUCCAAAAACGUGUCCGGGAAGAGAGCGUACAAGCCCGCCGAGAUCUUGUCCAAAAUGCGAGAGCAAUCGAAUUCAAAAGUUGGAAAGCGAAGUGUACCAAUUGCGGAAGGAGAUCGAGUGCAUGAAAUACGAGCGAAAAGAAGCGGAGAAGGCAAUCCAAAAGGCUAUUCUUCGUGGAGCCCGCGCUCUCGGCGGAAGAUUUAAACCCACGGUACCGGGAUCGAUCGAGAAACUUCUCGAUAUUUGCAACAGCAAUGCGUCUUCGCAAUCCACGUCCUCGGUCAGUCUCUGUGCGACGAAAACUGUAUCGCCGAUGAUUCACACGUGUCACAACAAAACGCGGAGGAAGGAGGAGUUCGAUUAUUGCGAAGGUUGCACCCCAUUAGUCAGCUCUCGCGAUUAA